ACUUUGAACUUGCAAUCUGGACAGAAUAAAUGCAAACAAAAAUCUUCAUAGUCUGUCAGUUUUCAGAUAAAUGAUCACUUUUAGAGAGAAAGCGGUGCAUGCUGACAGGAAGGAGGCAAUUUAAAAGGACUGGAAUGAAGGAAACCGUAAAAACAAAGUGGGAAUUGAGAAUGCAAGAGAGAAAAAAACCAGCAAACGAUUGUUCACAAAGUUGGUACACUCUCAUACUCUUUUCAGCUGUGGACAGGAUGUGUUUAGCUUUAACCUCUUGCUUUCUUGGAUGCUAUCGUGUGGCUGCGUAGUUCCUCCUGCAAUGUGGGUGAAGAUUCCUGCUCCUCACCUGUCUGCCAGCAGAUUGCUCCCGUACCCCCAUGGGACAGAAUUUCCUGAGUCUCUUCUCCUCUGGAACCUGUAACUUCUUGCCAGGCACCACGAAAGCGCUCAGCAGCAGAAAUGAACAGGACUCUUGCUAGGUUUGGGUAAACUCUGCCUUUGACAAGUCACAGCUACUUGGACUGCAUCUGCAAUGUGGCAAAGGGUGAAGUGAGGACAGUGAAGAGGCCAUGGUUUGUGGGCAAGUCCCCAGGUGCCGCAGGCUUUGUCGCCCUCGUCCCUUCCUUCUGGCCUUAGUGGUGGCCAUCUGUCUGUUCUGCCAGACCCUGUCUCCUCUCAUGACCAGCAGCAUCCUUUCAACAGUUGUUAAUGGGAUUGCACCCAACAAACUGACCAAAUCACAGCGGGGAAGAUACAAGGAGGUCUCCCCAAGGAACAUUUACUGCUUCCUCCCUAGCAGUAACUCACAGACAGUGAAAAAGAUCGACACUGCCAUUCUCCAGUACUUUGGAACCCACAGGAGAAGAGCGGUUCUAUAUGCACCUCCUGCCCACCGUGAAACCGACCGUCAGCUCUGUCAGCGCAUCCUGGCAAAACAUGGAUACACAGUCACAGUCCUUGAAAACAGGAGGCUGUUGACAGAACCCAGGCAUGAGGGCCCUUAUCACAGUGGUGUCAGCCCUUGGGAUCUUUUGAUCUGCUUAUCUUCCAGAAAAAAUGAUGGUACUGGCUGCUUUCAAAUAGAAGACUUGCAUCAUCUAGAGCUAUUCCAGAAGGUAAACCUCCUUCCAGAAAUCCAGCAUUUCCUUUGCAGAAAAGAGGGAUUAUGCCAGAUAACAAAAGCCUUUUCAGACCUGCAGCUCCCAGUUGUCACCUCAGAGUGUUCCAGCCAGCCUGGGAUGUCACGAGCCAGCACCGCAAGCAACGUGUCCCAGGGCAGCAAAAGCGCUGACAAGAUGCAUGGUUCCCAUCCAAGGAAUCAUGUAUCAGGUUCACCCUACCACAAGGACAUCCUUAAAGCUCAAGACCUUUCUGUCAUCAUCAAAGCGUAUGUGCUUGUGACAUCUUUAACACCUCUGCGAGCAUUCAUUCAUUCAACCACCACUGUCUGGCAUCCACCCAAGAAGAAGCAUUUUUCUGUAAAGCUGCAAAGGUUUUUUGAGAUAUUCUUCAGAAGCAGUUCUCCCCAACAAGCCUUCAACAACAUGAAGGAAGCUAUAAGCAAACUUCUGCUUAUGACUGAGGUCUUCAGUGAAUCGUCUGCCUCAGGACCAAAUUCUUUCAAUCAAUGCAGCCAAUGUUUUCAAAUGCUAACCUUUGACAUUGGAUUUGGCACCUCCAUAUACCCAGUUGUUCUCAAGGUGCAUGAAAACUUUGACUUUCAAGAUGAGGAUGAAUCAAAAAUUCAGGACCAAGCUUUGAAAGAAUUGCUUUUUGAAGAUACUUUUAAUUUUCUCCUGUCUAAUGAAUCCUCGACAACUAGCUUCGUAGAAGCCUUACAAAAAAUAUAUGGAUCAACUGUGAGUAAGGAUGGAACUUACCACAGAGAAGAUGAGCAAUGUUUAUCUUUAGAAGAGAUAAAUUCAAUGAUAACUUUCAUCAGGGAGCUGAAGAGUCUUGGACAAUUUGAGCUGCUUUUCCCUUCUGCUGCACCCCAGAUUCAAACUUUAGUGCGCGACCUUUAUCACAUGGUGGACCCAAUGAGACAACUUGGUUCAGUCCUGACUGUGCAUUGGUUGCUUUCCAGUUUACUUGAACAAUUCCAGUCCAUGACUAAAGAGGCACAAAUGAAUCCUUCAGAAUGGAGAAGCAAGAAGAACUCUAGAAACUCAUCUCAAACCAUAAUGAAAUGGUUACAGCCUAGGAGUCCUUCUCAAGAAAAUGCAAGUCCUAAGCAGAAUGUUCCUUCUGACUUCAGGAAGAAUCAUGAUGCACUGCAUUAUUCCAGUAAGACUAAAGAAAGACAAUGCAAUUAUGAUAAAGAUACCCUAUCUCAUAUCAGGCAGAUCUUCACCAGUCCACAGCUGGACCUGAAUCCUCAAUUUAACCCAAAGAUCAAAGAAUACUAUGCAGAAGUCCCAUUUGACAUGGUGACGGUGAAGAUAGGAGCAGAACCUUCUAACUGUCAAUGCAAAGUACAUCUUGAUGAGAAGAAAGGGCCAAGCAUUGCUAACUACCCCCUUGGCCUUGGAUUGAACAAAGUCAUUGUUCUUGUAACAGAUGAUUCGCAGCCCAGCCCUCAGGUUGUGAGCAGCUACAAAAUCACAAUAUAUCGAGAAGACCGCCCUAGUCUGCCUUUGUUUGAUGACUACAUGAUGUGUGGGUUUGUGCAGGACUGUGGGUCUCGAAUUCGUCCAGAGGAGUCCUGUGGCUUGCAGCCUCUAUCUCGUGAAUACCUCUCAGCAAUUUCACAGACGACGUUUAAGACAUGUGAAGCUGGAGACACAAAAGGCCAGUGGAUUGUCCCUUGCCUCAGCUGCUCUGACAACAGGACCUGUGACUGGAGAGAAAUAACAUGGCAGCCCCAUGGUUGCCAAUAUGCGGUGCUAGCGAAGCCCGAGCUCCAGCACUGCAUGGAGGGCAGAAGGAUUCUCUUUAUAGGUGACUCAACUAACAGAGGGAUGAUGUACUAUCUAAUAGAAAGAGUGAAUAAGACUCUUCAGGAAUGGCAAAAGACUCAUGAUGUUAAAUGUUAUCAUAAUAUCAACGAGGGGAAAACAUUCAUCAGUUACUCCUACUACCCCCAGUUUUGGAUGAGCUCAAACCAGAGACCGACUUUUGAAAAAGCCCUAGAACAACUGCUGCAGAGAUCACGUCCCCUGGAGAACACAGACCAGACUGUAUUAGUUGUAGGUGGUGUUCAGUGGCUUAAUUCCAAUCAUCUGCAAAUUAUCCAAAAGGUGUUGAGCAGGGAAAAUCUGUCAAAUAUCCUGGUAAUUAUCAAAUCCAUAGGGAUGGGCUUUCACCUGCCAGUGGAUGGAAUACAUUCUCUGUCACAGGCAGAAAUACAAAACCUGUGGAAUGAAAACUUGGUUAUUCUGGAUACAGCAAAAAAUUUUGGCUAUGAAGUUGUUGACACCUUCGUCAUCACCAUGGGACGUUACAAAGAAUUCCUGCAAGGGAAGUGCGGCUGCCAUUUCCAUGAGGUGGUGAAAUCCAAUCCCUCUGAAGAAAGUCCACACAUAACAAUGACGUUAUCAAGGCAGUACACGCUGGGGAAAUAUUUCGGCAGUCAAAGCAAGCCAUCACUACUGCAGGACUAUGCAACAAAUUCACAGUCCCCAUAUCAUGUCCGAGGUCCAAUAAAUCAAGUUUAUUCUGAAAUCCUUCUCAGCAGGCUCUGUGCAAGUAAGAGGGAGAUUGUCAGCACAUAGCCUCUGCUGAAUAUAGCGCUGGGACUCGAGAUGUGCCACUACAUGAGUAAAAGUAGUGAAAGACCAUGGUGAAUUUCUGACAUGCUUCUUUGGCUGUACAGACACCAACAGUCUGGGACACAAGGCACUUUCGCUAAAACUUUAUGAAAUCAAGGUAUGCCUGGCAACUCUGUGGUGUCAAAAUGGAAGACGGAGGUUUGCAAAGGAGAGGAGAAGUUACUUGAACUGUUGCCAAAGGCUAGAACAGCUGCAGCACAAGCAACUGUGUAUUAACGACAGUAAAGAAAAAGAAAUAUAUAUACUUGAACUAUUUGGAAAGGACUGUUUUAGCUCUUCAGCACUAUCUAGUUUUCUAUUUAUAGAGACACUGUAAUAUUUGAAUGUAUUUAGAAGCUGGCUACAUUCCAUUUUGAAGAGUUUUAUUUUAUGUGGAUGGGUUCCCCUUCAAUAUCAAACCUUUUCUAUUUAGAGACUUGGUUUAUACAAUUUGAAAAUGCCUAUUAGCCUUUUACUGAGCAUGACAAGUUUUGAACUCCAGUGUUUUUAGUGAAAACACGCCCCUUCUUUGUACCUUAGAUGGAACAGAUGUCUACUCUAUUUUUUGCAUGUUCGAAAGCUAAUCUAGAGAUAGAUUACUUAGACUUGAGACUGAUUAUAAUUGUCUUGAUGUAACAUGUAAAUGUAGUGAAUAUGUUAACAUAACCCUUACUUAUGGUGUCACUUUAGGAGAGUGGCCAUAUGCAGGAAUACUGCUUAGAUAUGUGCUUCAGUGUCUACCUUGGUUUGUAAUCCAAGCAAGUAUUCUCCCAUCAUGGAAUUGUCAUUUCUUUAAUGAUUUAUUAUAAAAUACUGCCAAUGUGUGAAACCAGAACAGCAAAUGGAAGAAAAAUAACCUUUGCAAGCACACGUAAGAAGUUCAGGAUCUGGUUUUUAAUCUGUCAUGAGGAAUGCGUGAUAUGAUGGGAGCAUAAUGUACUGCCUGUGUCUCAUGCAUAGCAGGGACAAGACCUUUUCUGAAUGCCAGUUUCAUGCUGUAGCCCAGCUACAUCACUGAUGUUUGCAGACCUAUUCUGAGUGAAACCCCAAAGAAAGGUUUUACUACUUCAGGGGGGAACUGUCUGCUGAUCUCCUUCCACAACAUCAGCAGCACACUCAUUCACAGUUGUGUUGCCCUGAUGGGAAACCAAGCAUGAUCAAGGCUUAGCAGCCAGGUGAUGAAUUAAUAGCACCCAUAAGACUGUUCUGCCUUCUAAUUAUCCAUUUAAUAUUCAGUAUCUUUAUGAAUCCAGCCAUGGAGCAGGGAAUCAAGACACCUCUCUCUCCCAUCAUACACUAGAGAGAGGAGUCAGAACCAGGUAAGUACAAGUCUAAUGAAGGAUCCACCAAGCUCUGAGGCAUGCUUCCUCCUUUACAAUUUUACGUAUAAUCCUCCACUAGCUUCUGCUGUCUUUGGGAAAGGAAGCUGCAAGCAAUGUAAGUAAAUAAACAAAUAAGCACAGAACUAAUCACAUUUUAUGGGCCUUAGUAGCACACAGGGUAUAGUCCUACACCUAUAUAGAAGUAGGACUAGAAAUUCAUGACACCACAUUUGGGAUCUGCCAAAGAUCCUUACACUCACCACAGUCUGUAUCCCUAGCUAAAGUUUUGUGCAUUCUUGCUUCAGAUAAGAUAUGUGAAGAUAUGAUGGGAAAUUGUCAUGCAAUAUGGAGUUUGGCUUCCCUAGAUGAUACGAAGAUCCUCCAAAAGAGGAUUUGACAUAUCUAACUUAGGAGACUUUCUGCAAUACUGGCAAAGCUCCUAAUUCUGCUUCUGUUAAGAUUUUUUGUGUAGCUCGUUUAAAUCCACACGCUGUUAUUGUUAUUUUUCUGUACACAAUUGUUUUUAAAGCAUAAACUGGGUUUUUAUGUUUGGUUUGGUUUUUUUUAAUCAAAGCCUAUUGCUGAAGCUUCAGCUGUAAUGAUGAAAAGGAACAAGCUGACUUUGAUAUACUGCAGCUGAUAUCAGCAAAUGUGCAAAUCAUCACUUCUGCUUUCACUACAAUAUGGUUUAUAUGUGCUGUACACCCAGAUGUCUUAAUGUUUUCUAAAUCUUAAUGUUUUUCAGUCAUAUCAAGUGGAUAUUUUCCUGUGUGUUUUCUAUUUUUUACAUGUCUGUGUACAUAUAUAUGUCUCUACAAAGCCACUGGCAAAUUGAUCUUUACUUAAAGGAGUUAUUUGAAUGAGUUUUUCCAACACUAUAUAUGAUCCAUGUAAUAUUAGGAAUAAACAAAGGGAAAACUAAAACAGGCAGACUAAAACAGAUGCCAAUGUACAUUUUUCAUUAUUUAAUUUUAAAAUACAUCUAGCAUUUGUAGGUAUGCAAGAAAGGAGAGCUGAGAUCGACAUGGAAGCAUUGCUUGCAAAUAACACUGAAAUUCACAGAUUAAGACAAUAAAAAAAAUUACCAUGUUUGAAUUCCAGUGAGCGUGUUGCUAUCAAUGGUUUACUCUAGAUUUAUCAUGUCUGCUGUGACAUUUUCCCUGAACAACCAUUAAAGUGUUCCUACUAUAUUAA